AUGGUGGAUUUUAUCCGCACUCAUAUCAUUUAUCGAUACAGUAUUUCUCAUCGGAUCGUGACGGAUAACGGGAUACAAUUCUCCAAUAGUUGGAUGGAUAGGUUGUGUGGAAAAUACAAAUUCAAGCAGUACAAGUCAUCCAUAUAUAAUGUCGCCGCAAAUGGGUUGGCUGAGGCAUUUAACAAGACAUUGUGCAACCUGCUGAAGAAAAUUGUUUCCAAGUCGAAGAAAGAUUGGCAAAAGAAGAUUGGUGAAGCAUUAUGGGCUUAUCGCACUACUCACCAUACCCCUAUAGGAGUCACCCCGUACUCUCUCGUUUAUGGGGUAGAAGCUUUCCUUCCUUUGGAAAGAUAA